GUUAAUAUACUUAACUCCGUUCCAUCUUCUUCUUUCUCUUUCUUGCUUCUUUUUUUUUUUUUUCUUUUCUCUCUCUCUUUACGUUUCUAUUGCUCCAAUUUGACCUUCUAAUUCCAGCCAGCAAGAUCCAUGGUAUCAGACAGGCUAGCAACUCGUGGAGCUGGAGGUGGCGGUGGCCAUCGUGGUAGUGGUUUUCCAGCCAGCAAGAUCCAUGCAAGGGGAAUAGAUGGAGCGGUAGGAAGAGAAAGAAUGAGAAUGAAUGAGAAUGGAGGAAGAGAAAGAAAGGAAGGAGAAGGGAGGAAGAAAAAGAAGGAAGAAGUGAGGAAAAGCAGUGGCCAAACGGUGGUGAUGGUGUUGCUGCCGGCGCCGAUGCUGGAGAAGACAUGGGAACAGUGAAGAGUCGAAGAAGAGGAGAACCGCUGGUUGGAGUUAGGGAAGAAGAUAAUGGAUGACGAAGAUGAAACGGAGUUAAGUGUAUUAACGGAAAUAACGGAAAUUUAAGUCA